GAGAACAAAAUCCUAUUUACAAUGACAGCCUACCUCAGCCAAACACGGACGACGUUGAGCCAAUUGUGCGCCACCCAAUGGGACUCCCAAUCACUGCCGGGUGUGACGCAGCCUGGAUUGGAACCAGGGCCUGCAGUGACGCAUUAUGCACUAAAAUGUAGUGCCACUCGGGAGCCUUAAAACGUAACUGUUUAAUGCAGCCAUGCAGGUACAGUGGCUCCCAUAUGACAGAUACGGUGAGUCUAAAGGAGCACACAACAAAAAUAUACAAGGGCUACAUAGCGAACAUAACAAAUACAACGGUUUAUUAUGGAUUCUCAUGACAAUUAAGUUGGCAUACACUACGCAGUGUAUGUGAAUUUACGCGUUUUACUCUCGCACGCAAGUUUUGACAUGGUUUCGGCUUAACAGUGAAGAAGGUGGACUUUAGCAUUUAUUGCGCAAGUAAUACAUUGAACUACUCAAACUAAUAAAAAAUCUAAGAAGCUAGAUAUCAUUGAAGGCAGCAAAAUGCUUUCUGGAUCUCCAGGACAGGCGACAUUGUUACAGGGAAUACUGAAUGAAGAGGCCACCCCUCCCAGGUUCCUGAGCCCGUGUAGGGAUCUGAGUAUACCUAUUAAUCCGACUGAAGGAGUAACGUUUUUGUUUACUUUAGAAAUUUAGAAGUAUCUUUUUUUUCACCUUUCCCUUAUCCCUGUUAUUUUGAGUAAACGUUUAUCAGUUUUCACCCCAUCCAGUAGAUGGCAGACCGCCGGAAUACCAUAGUAGGAAGAGCUUCCUGCCUUCCGUUCUGCUUCUGCUACAAUCAUUUUUGUGUUAGGAAGUCUUGUGUACUUGUCGAAAUGGCCGAGGGUGAUAUCGAAGAAUUCAUUGAACAAAACAGGCAUUUGUCCGAGCUUGUAGAUACAUAUCGUGGUAUCUCCGAAAGUGAAAAACAUUGGAAGGCCAGGAGGGCAUUCCUAUUCAGAAAUAUAAACGACUUUGAGGACCCACACAUUGACCAGCUGCUUGCUUUGUCCAUGGUAUGGGCCAACAACGUGUUUCUUGGCUGUCGAUACAGUCCAGACCUCUUGGAGAAAGUGAAUGAAAUGGCUGAAGGAAUUGUUGUGGAGGAUGCCCCUGUUUUCAAAACCAGAGAUGAGAUCAUGAAAAAUCAGAAACGAUGAUUGGAUGACCUGCUCCGUUAUGGAUGGAUUACAUUACUGUCCAACUUUACUCAGCUGCAUAUGGUUUUAAAAUGUUAUUUUAAUAGCAUGCAAGCUUCUUACAGUUUGUUGUUGUGUAUUACAACACAUGUAACACAAGCUAAACAUUUUAUACAUUAAAGUAAUUUUAGGUAACUUGCCUGAUUCAAUAUCUAAAACUUGAGGCCCAUUAUGAGAAUAAAAUGGGUGGGAAAAUGUUGCAAGAACAAAGCAUGGUAAUGUCAGGAAUAUGCCGUGUGAGUUAUGCUUUUUACAUGUUCAAUCAAAGUCCGCAGCUGUGCAUCUGAUUCAAAUACCAUUUUUGAAGGGGUCCAGAAAAGGGCUUUCCAUUUGGUCUUCACAUACUCAGUUCUCCCAAAUUACCCCAGGGUGAACAUUGUACUACCUUGAUUCCUCCCCUUUGCCUCCUCAAAACACAUUGAACCAGAGGGGAUAAACCUCAGAUCUUCUGCGCCAAUGUGCGUUCUACAGUUAGUGCUGGGAUGUAGUUAUGUCCAAAUUGUGGGACACUGAAAACCUUUUUGCAACAAAGUUUCUAUUAAACAAAUUCAGAUAGGUCUGUCCCCGUUCCGUAUAAGAAAGACUUGACAACUGACAAUGAAUACACUCCAGGGGUGUAUUCAAUUACAGAAACCAUUUAAGAACCAAACCGAGCAUACGAAACAGGGAGGGACCUACCUGAAUUUGUCCUGUGAGCCAAAAUUGUGUUCUCCGUUGCAAAAUGUUUUGCAAUAGAAUCAGCGUAAUGGAAGGACCUACUUGAAUAUGUUCAAGAGAAGCUUGUUUUGCUCCGUUUGGUUAUGAAUUCACCACACACAUCAGGCCCAUUGGGCAUUAAGGGGAACACUACCUCUGGUUGCACAUUCCCACAGAUCCCCGGUCUGCUAGCUGGUAUGUAUUUGGCUCUUGGGAGGUUCCUGGUGGCCUGCUACUCCCCAUUGAGGAUGCAGGGAUGAGGAUUAUUUACCCUAGUCCCAUCAACUCUGGGCCUCAACCAGUUCCACUCCUUUUUUCAUUGUUCCCCUCUAAUCAGAGACUGAUUUAGACCUGGGACACCAGGUGGGUGCAAUUAAUUAUCAGGUAGAAAAGAAAACCAGCAGGCUCUGGACCUUGUAGUUUAAGAGUUGAAUAUCCCUCCACAUAAUACACAAUGCCACAGCUGCACGCAAGUAAAACAAAUGAGCUGAAAUCAAAGUCUGAAAAAUGUGUUUUAUGUUUAUACAGCAUAUAAGUAUACAUUGUUUUGUUUUUAGAGUAAAUUCACAAAUGUAUAACACAUCCCUUCUCCUAAGGUGAAAUAAACCAUGAGCUACAAUA